AUGGCCGCCCGCGGUCGCCCAGCGACGGCCCUGGUCGCGGCAGCCGAGAGGGCAGCAGGAGAGCAAGCCGCAGAGGUGCAGGACGGUGCUUGUGACGGGGUGACAGUGCAGGUCGGCAGUGGUACUGCAGGCGGGGCAGCAGCGGAGGGGACGUUGUUUAGAGCGUUGGAGGCGGAGGAGGUGCGGAGGCAGGGCCAUCGCAUGGUGGAGUUCAUCGCAGACUACCUGCAGGGCGUGGGUGCUCGCCCCGUGCGCUGCUCCGUGCAGGUACGAUGCGUGUGCGUGUGCCGUGCUGUGCCGUGGUUGGCAGCACCAUGGCAGAAGCAUGGGAGUGUGAAAGAGCAAGGGACAGGGAGUGUGAGAGAGCAAGGGACAGGGAGUGUGAGAGAGCAAGGGACAGGGAGUGUGAGAGAGCAAGGGACAGGGAGUGUGAGAGAGCAAGGGACAGGGAGUGUGAGAGAGCAAGGGACAGGGAGUGUGAGAGAGCAAGGGACAGGGAUCACUUGUUUCUCCCUUGAAGCGCUCCUUUCCCCCCACCCCUCCUCUCCCCACACCCCUCCUCUCCCUCCUUCCACCGUUCUGCACCGCACAGACAUAUCGAGUGCCAUCCUGCCAGGCGUGACGCACUGGCAGAGCCCCUCCUUCUUCGCCUUCUUCUCCUCGCCCACCAGCGCCGCCGCCAUCUGUGGCGACGCCCUCAUCAGCGCCCUCAACGUGGUGGGCUUCUCCUGGGCCGCUGCUCCCACUGCCACGGAGUUGGAGGGGAUCGUUAUGGACUGGAUGGCUGACCUGCUGGGGCUUCCAGAGGGGUUCCACUCGGUGAAAUCAGGUGAAGAGGGGUGGGGGAGUGGGGGGUGUUCAUCUGUGGCGACGCCCUCAUCAGCGCCCUCAACGUGGUGGGCUUCUCCUGGGCUGCUGCUCCCGCUGCCACGGAGCUCGAGCCAUUGUCACCGACUGGCUGGUGGUGCUGGGGCUGCCCCAUGGGUUCCACUUGGUGGGCGGGGCGGGGGGGUGAUUCACGGCACGGCCAGUGAGGCGCUGCUGGUGGUGCUGCUGGCUGCCCGGCGGAGAGUGCUGGACCGUGUGGUGGGGCAGCCCGGCAGUGCUGCAGCGCCCGGCAGAGUGGGCAGUGAGGACCUGCCUGCUGCACCUGCAGCACCUGCUGCACCUGCUGCACCUGCUGCACCUGCAGCACCUGCUGCACCUGCAGCACCUGCUGCACCUGCAGCACCUGCUGCACCUGCAGCACCUGCUGCACCUGCAGCACCUGCUGCUGCUGGUGCUACUGCUGGUGGUGGCAACGUGGGUGUGCGGGGCGAGGCUACUGACAUGUUCCCGUGGGCGAGCAUGCCCGAGGGCAAUGUGCGAGUGCUGCCCACCACGGCUGCAUCAGCAUACGCUCUCACUGCCCGCCAGCUGUUGGAUGCGGUGCAGAGCGAUGAGGCUGCUGGCCUCCUUCCCUUCUUCCUCAUCCUCACUGUAAGUUCGAGGUACCUUGCUGUUCCCUUCUUUCUCACUCUCUGGAAGUGGAAGCUACCUCGUUCCUUCCAAGCACAUGUCAUAGUGAGCCACCUCACGCACGAGACGGUGCGUGUCUGCCUGUUUGCCCGGCUGUCACCUCCAGCUGCAAGUUUUCCCACGUUGCAUGCCGCCGGUGCGUGGCGCCUCAUCUGCCUCAUCCGCCUCGCCAUCGCCCGGACUGACCCUGGAGUCCUGGCGUGCCUCUCACCAGCAAGCACUGCCAUGCGCUCAUUCCUUUCCACAUGCCUGCUCUGCUCCUCAGCCACGUCAUGCCAGGUUGGCUCCACAUCAUCCACUACUGUCGAUCCAAUCGCCCCUCUGGCUGCCAUCGCGAAGGAGCAUGGCAUGUGGGUGCAUGUGGAUGCGGCGUAUGCAGGCAUGGCGUGCAUGUGCACUGAGAUGCGCCACCACUUGGCAGGCAUGCACCUCGCCGACUCACUAGCCUCCAACGCCCACAAGUGGCUGCUCACCAGAUUCGGCUGCUGCUGCCUCUGGACCCAGGACAGCACGUUGCUGGUGGAGCAACUGUCUAUACUGCCCGAGUAUCUUACAAAUAAGGCAUCAGAGCGACAGCAGGUGGUGGACUGGGAGAUCCCCAUCGGCCGCCGCUUCAGGUCAUUGAAGCUGUGGAUGGUGCUGCGCACGUAUGGUGCAGAGGGCAUCCGCGCGUACAUCAGGCGCCACGUGGCGCUUGCUGAGUGGUUUGAGGAGGCUGUGCGGCAAGAUGAGCGGUUCCAGCAUGCUACCCACGUGCUGCCUCUCCCCCUCCCCGUUGCUCCCCAGCUGAUGGCUCCACGCCCCUUCGCCCUUGUCUGCUUCCGCCUCAAGCCGCCCGCCCCUUCCGCCUUCACACACAGUGGGAUGGCGUGUGGAGGUGCGGGCGAGGGGGGGUUGGACAAGGGGGUGGAGGGCGCGGACGGAGGGAGGGAGGUGAACGCGGCGCUACUGGAGGCGAUCAACAGCAGCGGGCAGGCGUACCUCACACACACUGUGCUAUCAGGGCAGUACACGCUGCGCAUGGCAAUAGGGGCGGUCAAGACGGGGAUGACGCACGUGCAGGCGGCGUGGAGGCUCAUCCAAACAGAAGCUUCCAAGUUGCUGCAAGAGGGCAAGUUUCCAACUUCAAGAGGGCAAGAAGAAAUUGCUUCAGAAAGAUGA